AUGGACGAUAUAUUUGGUAGUGGAUUUGAUGAUCUUGUAGUAGCGAGACCUCUAGAGCAUCUCGGAAAUUCUGAUCUUUCUUUUGGUGGUAGAUUAAAGAAUCCAUUAAAAAUCCAUGAAGAUGGUGGAGAAAGCGGAUGUGGUGGUAAAGUUUGGAUCGCAGGAGAAUUGUUAUGUGAAUUUAUUUUGGAGAAAUCAAAUAGCGAUGAUCUUUUAAAUGGUUGGGCUUCUAAUUCAAAGCAAUUCAGGAAAAUUGUGGAAUUAGGAAGUGGAACAGGUCUCGUCGGAUUAUGUAUCGGAUUAUUGGAAAAAAAUAAUUUCCAUAAAGAUAUAGAUGCAUAUAUUACAGAUAUUGAUCAAAUAGUACCAUUAAUGAAACAAAAUAUCCAACUUAAUGGGAUUGAAAACGAAGUUUCUGCCGAGGAAUUAUGGUGGGGUGAACCUUUGAGGAAAACAUUUGCUCCUUCUGAACAUUCGAGAGAUAAAGAAGAAGACUUCAGAGAGGAAAAAAAAGUAGAUUUGAUUCUAGCUGCAGAUUGCGUUUAUUUAGAGAAGGCUUUUCCACUUUUAGAAAAAACUCUCUUGGAUCUUACCGAAGGGGAAACCCCACCCACAAUAUUGAUGGCGUACAGGAAACGUAGAAAGGCAGAUAAACAUUUCUUCCAAAAAAUAAAGAAAAAUUUCGAUAUUGUAGAGAUUAAAGAUUUCGAAAAAUAUGAAUAUUAUUUGAAGCAAAGAACUCAUUUGUUCCAACUAAUUCGUCAAUAA